AUGGCAUUGUUCCAGUACUUCUCCUUGGCCACAGAGCUACUACUGGCCACUGCCAUCUUCUGUAUAGUAUUUUGGGUGGUCAGAGCUUUAAGACCCCAGGUCCCCAAAGGUCUGAAGAGUCCACCUGGACCCUGGGGAUGGCCCUUCAUUGGGCAUACGCUGACCCUGGGGAAGAACCCACACCUGUCACUGACAAAGCUGAGCAAGCAGUAUGGGGAUGUCCUGCAGAUCCGCAUUGGCUCCACACCUGUGGUGGUGCUGAGUGGCCUGGACACCAUCCGCCAGGCCCUGAUACGGAAGGGAGAUGACUUCAAGGGCCGGCCAGACCUCUACAGUUUCACGCUUAUCACUAAUGGCAAGAGCAUGACUUUCAACCCAGACUCUGGACCGGUGUGGGCUGCCCGUCGGCGCCUGGCCCAGGAUGCCCUGAAGAGUUUCUCCAUAGCCUCAGACCCGACCUCCACAUCUUCUUGCUACUUAGAGGAGCACGUGAGCAAGGAGGCUAACCAUCUAGUCAGCAAGUUCCAGAAGCAGAUGGCAGAGGUUGGGCACUUCGAACCCGUCAAUCUGGUGGUGGAAUCAGUGGUUAACGUCAUUGGAGCCAUGUGCUUUGGAAAGAACUUCCCCCGGAAGAGCGAGGAGAUGCUGAGCAUUGUGAAGAGCAGCAACGACUUUGUGGAGAAUGUCUCCGCAGGCAAUGCUGUGGACUUCUUCCCCAUCCUGCGCUACCUGCCCAACCCAGCCCUCAAGAGGUUUAAGAACUUCAAUGAUAAAUUUGUGCUGUUUCUACAGAAAACAGUCCAGGAGCACUAUCAAGAUUUCAACAAGAACAGUAUCCAGGACAUCACAGGUGCCCUGUUCAAGCACAGUGAGAACUCCAAAGACAAUGGUGGCCUCAUCCCUCACGAGAAGAUUGUCAACAUUGUCAAUGACCUCUUUGGAGCAGGAUUUGACACAGUCACAACAGCUAUCUCCUGGAGCCUUUUGCUCCUUGUGACACAUCCCGACGUGCAGAAGAAGAUCCACAAGGAGCUGGACACAGUGAUCGGGAAGGACCGGCAACCACGGCUUUCUGACAGACUUCAGCUGCCUUAUGUCGAGGCCUUCAUCCUGGAGAUCUACCGAUACACAUCCUUUGUCCCCUUCACCAUCCCCCACAGCACAACGAGGGACACCUCAUUGAAUGGUUUCCAUAUUCCCAAGGAAUGCUGUAUCUUCAUAAACCAGUGGCAGGUCAACCAUGACGAGAAGCAGUGGGGAGACCCCUUUGUGUUCCGUCCAGAGCGGUUUCUUACUGAUAACAACACAGCCAUCAACAAAACACUGAGUGAAAAGGUGAUGCUCUUUGGCUUGGGAAAGCGCCGGUGCAUUGGGGAGAUCCCGGCCAAGUGGGAAGUCUUCCUCUUCUUAGCCAUCAUUCUGCAGCAGCUGGAGUUCAGUGUGCCACCAGGCACAAAGGUGGACCUGACACCCUCCUAUGGGCUGACGAUGAAGCCUGGGAUCUGCAAACACCUCCAGGCGAGGACACGCUUUUCCAAGUGA